UUUAAGCCCGACAGGGCACAUAAAUUAUCCGUACUCGUGCCAGGCUGGCCCAUAUAUUUCGUACCCGUGCUCGUCCCGUGUCGUGCUAGUUCGUGGGCGGCUCGGCCUGUCCCGAUGCUAUGUACACCUAGUACUACCACUAAAAAUCUAAAAUGACUAUUUUUUUGGUAGUAUAAAAUCAAAAUGACUAAUCUAUGGGUAAAAGGCAUGGUUGUCAACCGGCCGGGUGACCCGGACCCGAUCGAGCUAGUGGGUCAAGCCCAUUUAUUAACAUUGCUAGGCCUUGCAAGCCCGUGCACGGUUCAAAUCGUGUCGUGACUAUUCGUGUUCGUGUCGUGCCCGUAUUCAUGUUUAAUGAAAAGUAAGAUAAUAAAAGAGAAAAUGAAAAAGAAGGAGAAAAUUGGGUGGAGAAAGAUAAUAUUAACCGAGAAUGUUUGAGAAAACUGAAAAGUACAAAUAAUAUGAAAUAGAAAAUUGGAAGUAUAGCGGGUGUGAUUUGGUUUUAUUUAAUUCUUUAUCCGUUUUUACUUAAGGUAGUAAUUACGUAUAUAUCUUUAAGACACUUCUAAAAACAACAAAUAAUUAUUUUUUUACUUGUAUUUUGUAAUAUUUGAACCUAUAGUUCUUUCUAUAUUUAUUUUCUAUCAAAUAAAUAUUAUUUUCGUGGAAUGUUUGUUCUGAUACUUAAUAAAGUCUCGAAAACAUUAGGCCAGACACGACACACUUAUACACCGUGUCGUGCCUGUGCCCAUGAAAUUUAGGCCCGACAGGGCACAUAAAUUAUCCGUACUCGUGCCAGGCUGGCCCAUAUAUUUCGUACCCGUGCUCGUCCCGUGUCGUGCUAGUUCGUGGGCGGCUCGGCCUGUCCCGAUGCUAUGUACACCUAGUACUACCACUAAAAAUCUAAAAUGACUAUUUUUUUGGUAGUAUAAAAUCAAAAUGACUAAUCUAUGGGUAAAAGGCAUGGUUGUCAACCCGUCGGGUGACCCGGACCCGAUCGAGCUAGUGGGUCAAGGGUUAACGGAUCACUCAUUUUAGCCCGGAAAUAUGAAAAUAGUUAUUAUAUUGUACUUAUCCUGAUAAAUUAUAUCAAAUCUCAUCUAACAUAUGAGUAAUAACAUAUAACAUUAUACCAAAGUAACAUGUCGUACUUAGAUCCAACAUAUAAUAAAAAUUCACACACACUUAUAUAACAUCAAUAUUCAAAUGUUCAACUAAGGAAUCCAAAGAUUGAGUUAGGCGAAAGCAAAAUUGGAAAAUAGGCGCAUUUCGCAAACCAAAGAAAAAAUGACACAGUUUGACCUCCAACCCUGUACCUUAUAGUGGUCGACCCAACGGGUGCGUGCAACCUGUUUUUCUCACCGAGUCACGGUCAAAAUGGGUCGACACGGGGAUUGACAACCUUGGCAGAUAGAUUCGUCAAAUUUUAUACCGCGAACCACAACAAAUUUAUUGUCAAAAAAAAAAAAAAAAAUCCAUAACAAAUUGGAUCUACACGAGAUGGGCUUGAAUCUUGCAAGCCUUCGGCCCAGGCCUCAAUUUUGAGGGCCUAACUAUGCGAAUCUUGUCCCUUAACCCUCCAAUUGUGCCGUAUCUCACCGCUUCCCGCGGGUACCUAAAUUAGGGUUGUGGAGCCACCGCACGGAAAUCGAACUCUAACUCAAAGAGUUCCAAAGCUUUUGCCUCCUCUUCCUGUCGUCCUUUGCUCUGGUUAUUUGUCCGACCUCGAGUUCUUUCAUCGGUCUAACGCAUCCAUCGUUCGCCUCCGAUCGCACAGGAAAAUGGGCGCAAAGGCUAAGAAAGCUCUGAAAACUAAGCUGAAGAAGGUCGCUGCUGCAUCCCAAGCCGCUGAGAAGAAAGCAGCAGCAACUACUGCCGAUUUCCUGCCAUUGGAAGGUGGAAAAGAGCGAAAGAUACCGGAAGGGAAGCAGGCGGAAGGAAGUACUGCCAAGGCUACCGUAUUGUACAUUGGUCGGAUUCCUCAUGGUUUCUAUGAGAGCGAAAUGGAAGCUUACUUUUCACAAUUUGGGAAGAUUAAGAGAUUGAGAGUUGCCCGGAACAGAAAGACUGGAAAAUCCAAGCACUAUGGAUUCCUUCAAUUUGAAGAUCCUGAGGUAGCGGCAAUUGUAGCGGAUUGCAUGCAUAAUUAUCUUCUGUUUGAGCAUCUUGUGCAAGUCCACCUUAUCCCACAGGAGCAAGUUCAUCCGAAAUUGUGGAGGGGUUACUUUAAAUACCGACCAGUGGACCGGGUACUGAUUCAACGUAAGAGGCAGAACAAGGAGAGAACUCUCGAUGAGCACAAAAAAUUGGUGCAAAAGAUUACAAAGCAGAGUAAGAAGCGUCAAAGAACCAUAGAAGCCGCUGGGCUUGAUUAUGUCUGCCCUGAAAUUGUAGGUGAAGUGUUAAAGGCUCCAAAGAAGAUCAAGUUUGCUGAAGACUAGGCCCUUUCCAGAACUUCAGAAGGUGUGUUGCCGAGGUUUCCUGCCGGAGAAUGAGAGUUCAGAACAAAGUGCUGGUGUAUUUCUGAAGUAGGGUUGAGCUAAUCUUGACAGUGGCAAUUACGGAGGUUGAUACAGAAAGAAGAUAAACGGAGCUCCUCAAAAGGCUAGUUGUUUUUGUAAGAUUUGUUCGCUGCUUUUCAAGAAGACGAUUAAAAGUGCAAUAUGGUAUUUUUGACUGCUCGUAUUUCGUGCUAAUGAAAUUUGAAUGCCCUUGCCUCUUCUAGUGAGCAUAUAUCAGUAUGCUGUUGGUGUCAUUCUAUUUUGUGCACUCUGGUAGCUGAACGAAAUAGCACAACCAAAAUCGUCCUUCUAUAAUGUGUCCAUAGAUAAAUUGGUUUGGUUAGUUGUCAGUAUGCAUUCAUAUAUAUAUUCUUAUUCUUAUAUAAAAGGCUUGGUUAAGCAUCUACUAUUCAUCAAGAGGUUUUUUGGUAAUUUUAUGAAAAUUUAAGGUCAAUUCUUAAAAAAGUGACAUAUGGCAA